GUUUCCCCAGAAAAUUUUUCGAAAAAAAAGGAAGGAAAAUAAGCUUUCACGUCUGUUGAGAUUCAACUGUCUCUGUCUCCAUUUCUCGUCUCGUGCGUCUGCGUACUCGUGCUAGAACUUGAAAUCCAUUGCAAAUUCCACUGUUUGUUUCCCGAGAAAUUUUUUUUUUAAAAAAAAAAAGAAGAAGAAGAAGGAAAAUAAUCUUUCACCUCCGUUUUAGAUAACACUGUCUCUGUCUCUAUUUAUUGUGUUGUGCGUGUGCAUACUCCUGCUAGAACUAGAAAUCAAUUGCAGAUUUUUGUGUGGAUGAGUGUGGUUGGAAGACCGAUGCCGCGAUCCAACUCGGCCGUGCACCACCAGCGUCAGAGCUCCGACAACUUCAUCCUCGAUUCAACCUCUCACGGAAGAUGGUUUAAUUCCUCCGUUUUCGCACAGGAGUUUGGGACUCGAUCUUCCAGCUUGAGGAAGAUCGAUGAUGAUCGUGUGUUGACUAGUGGACUGCUUGACCUGCAUUCCUUCGAUACUGAGCUUUUACCUGAGAUGUCUGAUUUUCCCAAUGAAUAUUUAACGAAUCAUACGAUUGGGGGACAAAGUUUUGAAAGGUCCCGGGUCUUGCCUGAGAGCCAUGUCCUUAGAAGUUUCUCAACUGAUAAAGAGAGAGCAAACAAUGUUGCUAAGAUCAAAGUUGUGGUUCGGAAGAGACCACUAAAUAAGAAGGAAAUAGCAAAGAAAGAGGAAGACAUUAUUACCAUAGAUUCAAAUUCUCUCACAGUUCAUGAAAGAAAACUCAAGGUUGAUUUAACAGAAUAUGUUGAAAAACAUGAGUUUGUUUUUGAUGCUGUGCUGAAUGAAGAUGUUUCAAAUGAUGAUGUGUAUACUGAAACUGUAGAGCCCGUAGUUCCGCUGAUUUUUCAACGAACCAAAGCAACUUGCUUUGCAUAUGGUCAAACUGGGAGUGGGAAAACGUAUACUAUGCAACCAUUGCCUCUCAAAGCAUCUCAAGAUAUUUUCAGAUUAAUGCACCACAAAUACCGGAAUCAAGGUUUCCAAUUGUUUGUUAGUUUCUUCGAAAUAUAUGGGGGGAAACUAUUUGAUCUCCUCAAUGAUCGAAAAAAACUUUGCAUGAGGGAGGAUGGAAAACAGCAGGUUUGCAUUGUUGGCUUGCAAGAAUACAGAGUAUCUAAAGUUGAGACAAUCAAAGAAUUCAUUGAGAAAGGAAAUGCUACCAGAAGUACUGGUACAACUGGUGCAAAUGAGGAAUCCUCUCGAUCACAUGCUAUUCUUCAGCUUUGUAUCAAGAGAUCAGCUGAUGGGACUGAAUCAAAGCCUGCUCGAAUUGUGGGCAAACUAUCUUUUAUAGAUUUAGCUGGAAGUGAACGUGGUGCAGAUACUACAGAUAAUGAUAAGCAGACUAGGAUUGAAGGUGCUGAAAUUAAUAAAAGCUUACUUGCGCUGAAAGAAUGCAUUAGAGCUCUAGACAAUGACCAAGGGCAUAUCCCUUUCAGAGGAAGUAAAUUGACGGAAGUUCUGCGAGACUCUUUUGUUGGUGAUUCACGAACUGUAAUGAUAUCAUGCAUUUCGCCAAGCUCAGGAUCAUGUGAGCAUACUCUUAACACGUUAAGAUAUGCUGACAGAGUGAAGAGCCUGUCAAAAGGGAACAGCUCCAGAAGGGAUCCCCUUUCUUCCUCCAACCUUAGAGACUCAACUGUAUUGUCUGCGUCUUCAGCUUUAUCUCGUGAUGAUACAUUUGAAGAUGAAAUAACAUAUGUUUCCAGUGAGAGGAAUCGGUUUGGUUGGUCCAAACAGUUUGAAAGAGAACCCUCUCCUCCAAUUAAUAUGGAUCGUAUUCCAAGUGGUAGGAUGGGGGGAAAUUUGGCACCAUCCGUGUAUUCUGAUCCACUAAAGGGUCAUAGAGGUGGUCAAAAUGACAGAGCUGAAAAUGAAAAUGACUAUCCAGGACCAACAUAUGAACAAGACAGAACAAGAAAAACAAUUAAGCGGGUGGAUAACACCCAAUUAUUUGCUGUGGAGGACAAGAGGAAGAUAGAAUCUCGUGUUAAACAUGUAGAUCUACCACAUUUUGAGGCUAAUCAUUCUGAUCCUGAUGGUGAUUUAAAUGCCCUGCUGAAGGAAGAGGAAGAUCUUGUAACUGCUCACCGGAGACAAGUGGAGGAAACAAUAGACAUUGUUAGGGAGGAGAUGAAUUUACUUGUUGAAGCGGAUCAACCAGGAAAUCAACUGGAUGAUUAUGUUUCCAAAUUGAAUACCAUUUUGUCACAAAAGGCUGCUGGAAUCCUUCAAUUGCAGACGCAGUUGGCUCAAUUUCAGAGACGUUUAAAUGAGUAUAAUGUUGUGGUAUCUUCCGGUAACUGAUAACGCUAAUGAGAAAAUGAUUGGUGUGUUGUGGAUGUGAAAUUCUUUGUGAUCUUCAUAUAUUGCUGCUAAGAUUUCAUUGCUAUGGAUUGUUUCUCAUGAAUGUAGACAAGAUUAUUGGGGUUUUUGGAGUGCAGAAAUAGAAUUCAAUCCGUCUUUGUUCUAAACUUUAUUCCUCAGACGAGUCACUACUGUGACUGAACUGAAUUGAACUAUAUACAAAUGUUUGUUCACAUGCUUAUUUGGCAUGCUAUUAUAACUUGCGGAGU